AUGUUACGUUACAAUAGUCGUAACAUACUACAACUCAGUACGCGAAGUGCCGUACGUUAUAUCCAUGGAAAUGUACUGAGAUUACAACAAGUUAAACCUGACACUGAAACACCACUGGCAGGUUCAACAACGGACAAUAUAAAGGAUAAUGAUGAUGCCGAGGCUAGUGUAAAAGAACGCAUGAUAUUUGGGAGUAUAUUUGAAAGAAUGCAGCGAAAGGAAGAACUUCGACAACAGAAGAUGUCUGAAUUAUUAGAUAUCGAAGGAAAUAAAAAAAUCAGGGAUAUUGGUGAAGUCAAAGUGAAUUUUGGUCAAACUGAACAGUAUGAAGAUAUAGAUCCCGAAGAUAUCAACUUGGUAGAAUAUUUUAAACAAGAAAGUGAAAAGAAUGCCCAAAAUGAUGAUCUAUUCUCUAAUGUGGAUAGAAACAAGAAAGGUGGAACAGGUAAAUCAUCUAUUAUUUAUGACCUUUUUGAAAAUAUAGAGAAAUCGAUUCUGCAAAACAAAAAAAGGACAUUAGAACAAGCUGAUGCUAUGAAAAUAGAUAAUUUCUCUCCAUCAUCUUUCCCUACGCCUAAUGUCAUACAGUCUCAAAGUUUAAGAAUUGAUGUCAAAAAAUUGGAGGACGAAGAAAGGUACAAAGCAGCCAUGGAUAGUGCAAUGAAACCAUACAUAGACCAAUUGAAAUUGAGCAUAACAUCUGAUUAUGAUGUCCUAGAGAAAAUGAAAGAGAUGAUCAAAUUGUUUACCACAAGAGACAAAUCGUUAGACCGUUUAAAUAACAAUAAACCAGUUGAUAUUAUCAACACAAUAAAGAGCUAUAGCGAAAAGAAUGACGAAGCAAUUCCCGAACCAUAUGUAAUAACGAUACCAUAUUGUAUGCUUAGACUUUUAACAGGUCCUGAGUUUGAGAUGUCAGGCGAGAGGAAAUAUAACAUAGCAGUAUACAUCUAUCACGAAUGCAAGACCUGUCAAGAUAUAUCCUUGUAUUUAAACAUGUGCAAUGUAAUUUUCUACAACCAAUUAUUGAGACUGUCGUGGGAAAAUUUUAAAGACAUUAAACGUCUAUUAGACUUGACAUCAGAGAUGAGUAUCAAUGGUAUCCUUGGUGACAUUGAAACUGUAGAAUUACUCGAUACAUUAAUCCAGGAUAUUGAUGCUACUUACGAUGACUAUCUUCCAGUAGAAAAUAAUAUUCAGGAAAAUAGUGGAUCAGCGAAAGGUAUCUUAUGGACUCAUCAAACAAGAAUAUACUUAAACGAAUUGAAAAAAUACGUGAAACAACUUAAACUCGCAUUAACUGUAGAGCAACCAUAG